CUGAAUAUUUUAUAAGGAGGAGGUCUGCUCGGCAGCCGCCGGAUAGGUAGCACCGCGGCCUCCCUGCGCCCUCUAGUCAGCGGAAGUCUGGCUCCCCAAACAUCCGCCCCUGUGCAGGAGCUGUCAGCGGCCCGAGUACCCCCGAAACAGUCCAGCAACUACCCCCCGAGCAGGAGGGAAGCGGCGGCCAUGAACCCCAGCCCCAGCAGCGACGGCUUCCCCGCAGUGCAGUUUCCCAGCGCCGUGCUCGUGGAGAUCACGGCCGACAUCCACAUAUGUGGCCUCUGCAAGCAGCAGUUUAACAACCUGGACGCGUUUGUCGCGCACAAGCAGAGCGGCUGUCAGCUCGCCGACACAACAGGCGCCGCGGGGGCCGUCCAGUUCGUUCCCGGGGAGAACGAGCCGCCGACAUCCACCCGAACCAAUACAUCGGAGACCCAGACCAUCUCGGAAUUUGUUUACGAACAUGGAUAUCAAAGCUUUCUGCCCAACGAAAGCUCGGGGGUCUCCGCAGCGCCGAAGUACCGCUCCAAGAAGAAUUCUGCUUCGGUGCCGCAGAGGAAACACUGCUGCACCUUCCCAGGUUGCCAGUUCAAAACCGCUUACGGCAUGAAGGACAUGGAGCGGCACUUCAGGACCCACACGGGAGAUAAGCCUCACAAGUGCGAAACCUGCGGGAAGCGCUUUAGCCGGAAGGACAAGCUGAAGACGCACAUGCGCUCUCACACCGGCGAAAAGCCGUACAAGUGCAAAGAGUGUGACUAUUGUGCCGCCGACAGCAGCAGCCUCUGUAAGCACCAGCGCAUUCACACCAACGAGCGGCCCUUCAAGUGCCAGAUCUGUCCGUACGCGAGUCGCAACUCCAGCCAGCUCACCGUGCACCUGCGAUCGCACACCGGUGAUGCCCCUUUCCAGUGCAUUCUCUGCAGCGCCAAGUUCAAGAUCAACUCGGACCUAAAGCGGCACAUGCGCGUCCACACCGGCGAAAAGCCGUACAGGUGUGAGUUUUGCGACUUCUUUUGUGCCAUGAAAGGGAACUUGAAAUCUCACAUAAAGAUGAAACAUAAUGCGGACACGACGUUCAAAUGCUCCGAAUGUGAUUUUCAGUGCGGCAGCAAAGCGGAUUUGCGGCAGCAUUUACGAUCGCAUCUCCCGGAGCAGCCGGUGAAGUGCUCCGAGUGUACGUACUCUUGCUCCAACAGGGCCGCUCUGAAAGUCCACGAAAGGAUUCACUCCAAAGACCGCCCGUUUAAGUGCAGUUUCUGCCGUUUUGAUACAAAGCAGCGGAGUAACCUGACCACGCACGUCAAGAAAUGCCACGCCGACAUGGUGAAUAGCGGCAAGGCUGCCUUGUCGAAUACAGAAGGGGAUAUGCUGCUUCCCAUCCCCAGAAAGUACAAUUCCCAAAAGAACGACAAGGUGGAGGCAAAGAAGGCGUACAAGUGCGACCUUUGCGAUGCGUCGUUCGUCCGAGAAGACUCUCUGCGGAGCCACAAGAAGCAGCACAACGAGUUUAUCAUCCAGAAGACGCCGGAGAUGUCGAUGCUGCAGCUUCAGAUGGAAGCCGCGAGGCAGGAUAAUCACCUGGACGGGGUCCCAGAUAAAUCCCCCGACGCCGUCGCGUUUGGCGAAACCAUAAAAAUCAUUAUCGGCAGCGAAGGGUCUGAAGAGGACAACGAAGACGAGACUAUGGCAGACACGGAGUCUUCCGAUGUCAUCAAGAACAUCCAGAACCACAUAGCCAGCAAGCAACUGAACAUGUUGAGGCACGUCAACUUAAUGGCGUCUCCCAAAGCCAGGCUAUCCCGUGCCCGGGCGCAACAGAUCAUUCUCCCUGCCUCCCCUGACCGAAGCGGCAGCGUGGAAAUACGAGAGGAGGUGAUACCCAACGGAGAUGCGGACAACCAUGAAAGCUUCGUCUCGAAUCCCAGCGUGAACGGCUCAGACCUCGAAAGUCUCAAUGAUUUAAUUCAAGAGGAAACCACAGAAGUGACCGUUGUCAUCGGAGAAGACGACGUCAGUGUUUCAGGGUCUUCGUCGCAACUGUCUCCGGCGUUUUCAUCCUCCCCGCAGGACGAAGAGUCCAAACAGGACUAUGGCGUUCACGGCGAAACAGAUUCCGAGGUUCUAUGCCCUGCAGAUUCCAUAGACGAUUGACUAUGAAUACCUUUAUGGUUAUGAUUUCUUGGGCGGUUUUACCCCCAGCUGUGUCCUGAUCACUGCACAGGCCUUUACAUUUCUCCUAAUGAUACCUCAAAGUGCAGGCAUUUUUUUUUUUUUUUCAAGGGUGGGUACAUCGUUUCUCACGUUGCCUUCACUUUGCGUCUCCAGUUAUACCUGGUCCCUGGCUUGGUGAAACCUGAGGAGCUUUGGCAGUGAUCGCGAGACUAAAUGUCGGAAUUCCAUCUAAACAAAGAUCCCCCCCCCCCUAAAUAUUAAGUUAUUAAUAUUAGUUUGUCUCGAGACACAGUUUUGUUUAUGAGAAAUGUAGUUUGUAUCCAGAGUUGUAAGAUGCAUGGGCAUUGCCAAUGAUGUCGCGAGUUAGACCAAUAAAAUACUGCGGAGUAGGAUUAUCAGAUGGCGUUUUCCUUUACAAACUGGAGCCGUAAUCAAUAAACUGUUACUUUUCUCUUUUUUU